AUGGCUAGAGAAAGCAACGCUCCAUUGGAGCCCCUCACUCCAGGGGCAAAGCCAACCAGCCAGUCUCACACCGCGCAUAUCCAGGGACCUGAAUUUGGCAAACCCUCGCCGAUCGGUCAUCCACAACACAGAUCAAACCACCUUUUCAACAUUCCGAAGCCGAAUCAAUCUCGUGCCGAACAUCAUCGACCUGCCCCUCGACCGCAGCCGCAACCCCAACCACAAUCGCGCCACCAUGGUCAGUCCAGUGCUACGCCUCACGCUUAUCGUCCAUCAGGCACAUCGGCUGCCCCAGUCGCUACGCCGAUGACGAAGCGCAGCGAGCCAUGGGAUCCAUUCAAGCCGGUGGCACCGUCGGCCUACAACAAUCCUCGCGGAGGAUUGCAUCAUGGUGCAGUCAGUAUAAAGCGUCCUGAAAAUGUCACCUGGACAACUCCUCGGGCUCCUAGGCCUAUCUAUCAAUCCAAACCUGUUCCACCGAGGGCAGGGGCAUCGAAGAACAUACAGAAAUUCAUCGACCUCACACGCGAUGACACUGACCCUGUUCCAAGGGCAUCGGCCUAUGCAACGCCGAGCUUCGGAGCCAUGGAUAUGAAUGGGUAUGUGGACACGGCGAUGGCAAACGAGAACAUCAAAGCACUGCUUGAAGGAGCAUUCGAGGACGAUGAGGACAAAACUGAGCCGAAGCGUAAAGGCAAGAAGAAGAAGGGUGGGAAAAAGAAGUCCAAGAAGUCAUUAGACAAGAAGAAAGAUGAAAUCGUCGUGGACAAGAAGAAGGAGCAGGCAAUUGACGACCUUGAUGAUCUUGCGGCUCAACUGCAAGGUGUCACGGUCAACGAUCCGAAGCAUGAUGAUGCCAAGUCUGAACACGAUUCGUCUGCCAAGGUUGAGCAAGACGAUGAAGUUGACAAGCAAGAUAAAGACAACGAGCCAGCAGAGGAGGAAGAAGAAGAGGAGGAGGAGGAGGAUUCCGACGAUGAAGAUGAAGGAGUUGUCGAAGGCUUAAAAGUGACCCUCCUCCCCCAUCAAAUUGAAGGUGUGAGAUGGAUGUGUGAUAAAGAGACCGGGCGAAAGACUUCAAAAGGAAUUUUCCCCAAAGGUGGAAUCCUUGCAGAUGACAUGGGUUUGGGCAAAACAGUUCAAACAAUUGCUUUACUGCUUAAAAACCCCAAAUCCGACCACGAACAGAGCGACAAUACCGAAUCUGAGGGCAAGACGACCAAGCUGCCCCCAAACUGCAUUUCCUCCACUUUGGUAAUUGCGCCCCUUGCUCUCAUUAAGCAGUGGGAGGCAGAAAUCAAGGACAAAGUUGAGCCGUCUCACAAGCUGCGGGUUUGCCUCUAUCACGGUACAACACGCGCGAAGACUGCGACGACAUUGGACAAAUACGAUGUUGUGAUCACAACAUAUGGAACUCUUACCUCCGAGUUCAACUCUUCUGCAUCAGACAAGGCCAAAAAGUCGGGCAUUUUCGCUGUUCAUUGGUAUCGUAUCAUCCUUGACGAAGCGCAUACAAUCAAGAAUCGUAACGCCAAAGCCACACAGUCAGCGUAUGCAUUAGAUGCCCAAUACCGCUGGUGCUUGACUGGAACGCCGUUACAAAACAACCUGGAUGAGUUGCAGAGUCUGAUCAAAUUCCUUCGGGUGAAGCCCUAUGAUGACCUGGCUGCAUGGAGAGAUCAGAUCAGUCGGCCUCUGAACAAUGGCCGUGGAGGCCUGGCUAUUCAGCGACUGCAGGUCUAUCUUAAGGCGUUUAUGAAACGGCGCACGAAGGAUGUCCUCAGAUUGAACGACACUGCGGAGCCUGGCGAAGAAGGACCAGACGGCAAGCCAAAGAAGUCCUCGAAUGGAUUCCAUAUCACCAAGCGUGAGGUCAUCAAGGUCGACCCCGAAUUCAUGCCUGGGGAGCUGAACUUCUACAAACGUUUGGAACAGAGAACUGAAAAUAGUCUUGAGAAAAUGAUGGGCGGUGCUAAGGUUGAUUACGCUGGGGCUUUGGUCCUGCUGUUGCGUCUUCGACAGGCAUGUAACCACCCAGACUUGGUCAAGGGUGAUUUAGCCAAAGACAAGGAUAUCCUUCUACAAAAUGGCAGUACAAACAGCCAGUCCACACAGUCAAAGCCGGAUGACCUCGACAGCAUGGCUGAUCUUUUUGGAGCAAUGAGCGUUGUUGCGAAGAAAUGCGAUGUUUGUCAAACAGACCUGAGCUCAGGCGAAAUCAAGGCCGGUAGCAGUCGAUGUGCUGAAUGUGAAGCCGAUUUGAAUACCAAUGUUAUCGGGACAGAUAGAAAAAAGAAAAAGAAGUCAAAGAGCAGCCACAAGGAGCGUGAUAUCCUCGACUCCCCGACAGCCCGCAAAUCCGAUGCACCGCUUGCUCGUUCCCGCAAAAACCGACGAGUCAUUAUUGACAGUGACGACGAAGAUGAAGAAGAAGGCGAUUGGGUUGUACCUGAAGACCAGCGCAAGGUUGGCCUCGGGAAAGCAGGUGGUUCGGACGAUGAAAAUGCUGAAGGAGGUGGUGAAUGGCUCAUUUCAGACGAUGAAACCGAUGAUGAGGUCGAAAUUGAAUCGCCCUCCAGAAGGAAGAGCAAGCCCAUCAUUCUGAGCGAUUCCGAGGAUGAAAGCGAUUCCGAAGCGGAGGACAUCUACAACGAUGAAGGAGAAAAUGGAGAGCUUCCAUCCACCAAGAUCCGCCAUCUCAUGCGGAUUCUCAAUCGCGAGGCACCGGAUUUCAAGUUCAUUGUCUUCUCCGUCUUUACAUCCAUGCUUGAUAAGGUCGAGCCUUUCUUGAAGAGUGCGAAUAUUGGAUUCGCUCGCUACGAUGGUGGAAUGGCAAAUAAUCACCGCGAGGCCAGUCUCGAAAAGCUUCGUAACAACAGUGGCACACGUGUGUUGCUCUGCAGCCUGCGUGCCGGUGCACUCGGCCUUAAUUUGACAGCUGCGAGCCGCGUUGUCAUCUUGGAGCCCUUCUGGAAUCCUUUCGUGGAAGAGCAAGCCAUCGAUCGUGUCCAUCGCCUGAACCAAACUGUUGACGUGAAAAUCUACAGGAUGGUCAUCAAGGGUACCGUCGAGGAGCGCAUCGUUGCCCUGCAAGACCGCAAGCGCGAACUAGCUAAUGCCACUAUCGAGGGCAAGGCGGGCGCUGGCAAGCUAACCGUGCGCGACAUGAUGGCGCUCUUUGGUCGGGAUGCGGAAUCCAAAUUCACAGAUAAUCAGACAGCCUUGGACUUUAACCAGCCCGCUCGGCUGCUGAAUGCCGGGGAUGAGACUGGAUCUGCUCCUUCUUCUUCUCGGGAGUCAUCACAAUCCGCCCCGCGCAGCCAGAGAAGCGAGGUCCAGUCUAACCGGCCGCGACAUGAGCAUUCGGUUUAUGGCCGGCGCUGGUAA